AUGGCGGCCGCCAGCUUCCCCGAGCACGACCCGACGGCGGCGUUCCAGUUUGCCAAGGAGGAGGAAAAGGUCAUCGCCUACUGGAGGGCCAUCGACGCCUUCAAGACGUCGCUCAAGCAGAGCGAAGGCAGGAAGCCCUUCAGCUUCUACGACGGUCCCCCCUUUGCCACCGGCCUCCCCCACUACGGCCACCUGCUCGCCGGAACCGUCAAGGACAUCGUCACCCGCCACGCCCACUCGACCGGCCACUAUGUCGACCGCCGCUUCGGCUGGGACUGCCACGGCCUCCCCGUCGAGCACGAGAUCGACAAAAACCUCGGAAUCAAGGGCAAGGAGGACGUCAUGGCCAUGGGCAUCGACAAGUACAACGCCGAGUGCCGCGCCAUUGUGAUGCGCUACCAGGGCGAGUGGAGGUCCACCGUCGAGCGCAUGGGCCGCUGGAUCGACUUUGACAACGGCUACAAGACCAUGGACAUCAACUACAUGGAGUCGGUGUGGUGGGUGUUCAAGACGCUCUUUGAGAAGAACCACGUCUACAAGGGCCUCCGCGUCAUGCCCUACUCGACCGCCUGCACCACGCCGCUGUCCAACUUCGAGGCCGGCCUCGACUACCGCGAGGUACAGGACCCGGCCGUCGUCGUCAGCUUCCCGCUCGUCUCCGACCCCAAGACGGCGCUGCUGGCGUGGACCACGACGCCCUGGACGCUACCCUCCAACCUCGGCCUCUGCGUCCACCCGGACUUCAACUACAUCAAGAUCCACGACGACGAGCGCGACACCAACUUCAUCAUCCACGAGAACCUCCUCGGCACCCUCUACAAGGAUCCCAAGAAGGCCAAGUUCCAGAAGCUCGAGACGUACAAGGGCAAGGACCUCGUCGGGCUCAAGUUCGAGCCCAUCUUCCCCUACUUUGUCGAGCGCUUCAAGGACCGCGCCUACCGCGUCGUCGCCGACACCUACGUCACCUCGGACGCCGGUACCGGCAUCGUCCACCAGGCGCCUGCGUUUGGUGACGACGACCACCGCGUCGCCAUCGCCAACGGCAUCAUUGAGCGCGACGAGUCGCCGCCGAGCCCCGUCGACGGCAGCGGCCGCUACACGAGCGAGGUGCCCGACUACCAGGGCGUCCACGUCAAGGAGGCAGACAAGGCCAUCCAGAAGGACCUCAAGGCGCGCGGCAGGCUCAUUGUCCAGGCCACGCUCAGCCAUCAGUACCCCUACUGCUGGCGUUCGGGCACGCCCCUCAUCUACAAGGCCAUCCCCUCGUGGUUCGUCCGCGUCGAGCCCGCCGUCGAGAAGCUGGUCAAGAACAGCGCCGCCACGCGCUGGGUGCCCACCCACGUCGGCGAGUCGCGCUUCGGCAGCUGGAUCGCCAACGCGCGCGACUGGAACAUCAGCCGCAACCGCUACUGGGGCACGCCCAUCCCGCUGUGGGUCAGCGACGACUUUGAGGAGAUUGUCUGCGUCGGCUCCGUCGAGGAGCUCGAGCGCCUCUCGGGCGUCACGGGCAUCAACGACCUGCACAAGGACAAGAUCGACCACAUCACCAUCCCGUCGCAGAGGGGCAAGGGCCAGCUGAAGCGCGUCGAGGAGGUGUUUGACUGCUGGUUCGAGAGCGGCAGCAUGCCCUACGCCCAGGCCCACUACCCGUUCGAGAACAAGGACAAGUUUGAAAAGAGCUUCCCGGCCGACUUUAUCUCCGAGGGCCUCGACCAGACGCGCGGCUGGUUCUACACGCUCCUGAUCCUCGCCACGCUCCUCUUUGACACGGCGCCGUGGAAAAAUGUCAUCGUCAGCGGCCUGGUGCUGGCGGCCGACGGCAAAAAGAUGAGCAAGUCGCUGCGCAACUACCCGGACCCCAACCUGCUCAUCGACCAGUUUGGCGCCGACGCCAUCCGCCUGUACCUGAUCAACUCGCCCGUCGUGCGCUCCGAGAACCUGCGCUUCAAGGAGGAGGGCGUCAAGGAGGUGCUGUCGUCGGCCUUCCUGCCGUGGCUCAACUCGUUCCGCUUCUUCCUGGGCCAGGUGACGCUGCUCAAAAAGGUGCACGGCCGCGACUUUGUCUACGACCCCAAGGCGCCCGUCUCGGCCAACGUCAUGGACCGCUGGGUGCUGGCGCGCUGCCAGAGCCUGAUCCGCCUGGUCAAGGACGAGAUGGCCGCCUACCGACUGUACACGGUGGUGCCGCGCCUGCUCGACCUCAUCGACGAGCUGACCAACUGGUACAUCCGCUUCAACCGCCGCCGCCUCAAGGGCGAGAACGGGCCCGAGGACGCCGUCACCGCGCUCAACUCGCUCUUCGAGGCGCUCUUCACCCUGUGCCGCACCAUGUCGUCGUUCACGCCCUUCCUCACCGAGAACAUCUACCAGGGCCUGCGUCCCUUCCUGCCGGCGCAGGCGGCCGACGACGGCGACGACUACCGCUCCAUCCACUUCCUCUCGUUCCCCGCCGUCAAGGAGGAGUACUUUGACCCCGUCAUCCAGCGCCAGUUCAAGGCGCUGCAGAGCGUCAUUGACCUGGGCCGCGUGAUCCGGGUCAACAUGAACCUGCCCGUCCGCGUGCCGCUCAAGGAGCUCGUCGUCUUCCACACCGACGCCGAGUACCUGGCCGAUGUCGACUCGCUGGCCGACUACGUCAAGGAGGAGCUCAACGUGCGCGACCUGGUGCUGUCGAGCGACGAGAAAAAGUGCGGCGUGCGCUUCCGCGUCAUGGCCGACUGGCCGACGCUGGGCCGCAAGCUGCGCAAGGACGUGGGCAAGGUGCGCAAGGGCCUCGACGCGGUCACGUCCGACGACGCCAAGGCCUACAUGGACACGGGCAAGAUCAGCGUGGCGGGCGUCGAGCUCGUCGAGGGCGACCUGCGCGUCAUCCGCUACGUCGAGACGGGCGAGAUCGAGGGCAGCUUCGAGAGCAACACCGACGGCAACGUCGUCGUGCUCCUCGACGUCGAGGUGCGGCCCGAGCUCCAGGCCGAGGGCACGGCGCGCGAGGUCAUCAACCGCAUCCAGCGCCUGCGGAAAAAGGCGGGCCUGGUGGCCACCGACGAGGUCGACGCCUUCUACUCGUUUGAGCACGGGCUCGGCGAGGCGCUGGCCGAGUGCAUCGAGUCGCAGGCCGACACGUUUGUCAAGACGCUCAGGAGACGGCCCAUGCCCCUGUCGCAGAGGAAGGCCGACGCCAAGGUCAUUGCCGAAGAGGAGCAGGAGGUCGGCGACGACAAGUUCAUGCUCUGCCUCGCAUGGGCGUAG